AUGAAGGUCCUGCUUCUUACGCUGCUGCUGCUGGUGUGCAGCACUCAGGUGCUCACACUCAGAUGCUACACCUGUAGUGGGGAGACUGAUGACAUCUGUAAGCAGGAGACAGAUUGCCCUUCAUCAUCUAACUUCUGCAAGACCUUCGAGAGCGAUACCCAAUUUUCUCGAACUUGCGAGGAUUUCUGUGUCGAGGGAGUACACACAACCUGCUGCGACAGUAACCUGUGCUAAAGAGUCACCACUCGGCAUUCACUUUCCCUUUCUGAUAAAUGAAAACACUUAAUGAAAAAAUGAUGACCUGAAUCUGAAGGAAACUGAUUUGUUAGUUUAUCAGAUUUUAAUUAGAUUUUCCUGUCGUUGAUUUGCUUUUACUUUCAAUUAAACAUACAAAUGUUGAAUUCCAUAGUCUCAUUCAUUAUCACACACUAAAUCAACACACUGGUAGUUACGGCAAUGUCUUUUGUAAACAACUACUGCUGUAGGCUGGGUACACCACACACACACACACACACACACACACACAUAAACACACACACACACACACACACACACACACACACACACACACACACACACACACACACACACACACACAUAAACACACACUUAAUCCGCUACUGAUGUCACUAGUGGGUCACUCGCUGCAAUGGCCUACUGCUAUGUGGGUCGCUGU